AUGGAAUAUUCAAUGAGAAUCCAUCAAAAAAAGUUCACUUCUUUCCUCUUUCAAACAUGUAUUGUUUUGCUCUUAUUUCCCAUUGUUAGUUCUUCACAACCUCACCACAAAAUUAAAGACAACCACAUUAAGAUGAGUCCAAGACUUCAAUUUGAAGUUACAUUACAUGGAUUUCUUUUUUGGGCUUCAAUGGGAUUCUUGAUGCCUGUUGGUAUACUUGCAAUUAGACUAUCAAACAGAGAAGAAAAUCCAAGGCGGCUAAGAAUUUUAUUCUAUCUUCAUAUAGUUUUGCAGAUCAUUGCUGUACUUGUCGCCACAACAGGAGCAAUCAUGUCUAUAAAAAACUUCAACAACCUCUUCAACAAUAAUCAUCAAAGAUUAGGGGUCGCACUUUAUGGUAUUAUAUGGCUACAAAUACCACUUGGUAUCUUUAGACCCCAAAGGGGAUCCAAAAGAAGAAGUGUUUGGUUUUUUGCACACUGGAUACUUGGAACUGCAGUCACAUUCUUGGGUGUUCUGAAUGUAUAUAUUGGAUUAGCAGCAUACCAUGAAAAAACAUCAAAAGGCAUAAGAACUUGGAAUUUACUUUUCACAAUUCAGAUAUCGUUGAUUGUGUUUUUCUACCUUUUUCAAGAAAAAUGGUUCUACAUACAAAAACAAAGAGUGGUUUUGAAAAAUGAAGAAAAUGUUCCAAAAGAGAUGGUAUUGACGGUUGGAACUUGUUAA